UUUCAGAUCGUAUGUCUUUUUAAUCGCCACAGUCCGACACCAUGAUACAGAUAUUUUUACCUGGUACCCACUGACGUAAAUCUAUCCCAGACGAAGCUGUGCUGUAGAUAGACAAUAUGCCAUCCUGAUUCAAUAUGGCUGACCCAUUAAACUCGCCUCAAGUAUUCAUCUCGUACAGUGCGAAAGAUUUAGAUUUAGUACGGGAAAUUAAACGUGGUUUACUACAGAAACAACCAGAACUGAAGGUGUUUGUAGCCGCAGACAGUAUCUGCGGAGGACAACGGACCAUAGACAGUAUUGUUGAAGGCAUACAUCGCAGCUCCAAAUGUUUAUUAGUUGUUUCAAAGAACUCCCUGAAGAGUUCAUGGUUUGCCUUUGAAACGACUCUGUCUUUAGAAUGGUCCGAACAGCUGGGCCGGUUCUGCAGUGUAAUGCUCCUUUACGGUGUCACAGUAGACGAGCUUCCCAAAUUUGCCCUGUUUGACAUCAUGCCGAAAAUACCUAUAAAAUUAGACUCCAACGGCAUCUGGAGGGAUGACCAGAUUUGUGAUGUGAUCAGAGCCAUCCAAGUGGAAAUUCCGAUUGAUCGCACACUUCCUGUGGGAAAUGUUGCGCAUGCACAAGCAUGGUCUCAUUUCUUUGGCUAUCACAAUGUGGUACACGGACUUCUCGAACAGAGAAUCCGGACGUCUAAAUGGUACAAAGAAAACUCGACUAACUUCCCAAUCAAAAUUUACGAACUGGUAUCAAAAAAUUGUGACUCGUCUUCAUUUACAAAGGACAAAAAAAUACGUAAUGUUGGAUGUCUAGAUCCAAUAGUAGUGACCAGGGCUGGAAACAAAACAAGGCCGUAUUUCUUAAAUGUGUACUGCUUAGAGGAUAGAGGUCAGAAAUACUACUGUGUGGCACAAUAUCCAAACGUCAUCAGUGCAAUAUUAAAGAUGGAAGAAUCACCUCACGUGCAAAUGGAACCGUAUGAAAAAGAGAUGCAACUCGCACGAUUCAACUUCACAUUAAGUGUUAUCUUGCAUCACAAUGUACACAAGACCUGUCAUCGCCAGGCUCGCCUGCUGGAAAUCGAUGAAACACAGAGAACAAGUGAAGUACUCUUGGAGGCCAUUAAAGCAGAUAUAAGAGAUGGAGAGUCGAAUGAAUCAUGGUCAGGAAAAAUUGCCACAAAGCAAAUGGUUCACGAUACUGAAUUAGAGACGGACGGCGAAGAAGAUGUCAAAGAGUUUGACGCCGUCAUCAUUUGUGCAGAAGGCGAUGAGUCACGAGCAUACGGAAUAGAGGAUUUUCUGAUCGAAAGAAAACUCAGGAUUAAACCUCUUUUGAUUGGAAAAAGUAUUUUUAGAGAUCUCGAGGACGCCGCUGACCAGUGUAGAUGGAUUAUACUCAUUUUAACUCGAAGUUGUCUUGAGGACGAAGCCUUCAACCUUCUUACGGUAUCACUUUUAACAAACAGUAUCAGCACAAAGAAUGUGAGUAUUAUUCCGAUAGUGGACGACUUGACAAGUGGUCGUAUUCCUUCACAGCUACGGUGGAUCACAUACAUCGACAUGCGAACUAAAGGAUACAAAGAGCGCAUCUAUAAAGCAUUGAAAGGGGAGGAUAUUCCCUUGGCACUAGAAACAGCUCACAUUCCAGCCGGUAACCUAGGUUACGGUUUAGCAUGGGGAUACAUUGUAAACUACAUGAAAACUGUACUUGGUGAAUUUGGUCAAUACCUUCAAAAAGUUUUCGAGCUAGUGAAAGGAGAAGAGGUGAAAAAGACUUGUCCAGAGAAACUCUAUGUGUUGAUGCCGAGCAGCUGUAAAUGUACUGGACUUAUCAGUGAUUCUUGGCCCUAUGUUGGUCAUUUCUGUUCAUUUGCCAGGAUAAAGGAGGAUUUGGGUGGUGCGAACAUUGUCAAGUCUUUAGACAUAUAUUCUAUCACAGACGACGACAACAUACGACCACAGAAACAUUACUUUAUCGGACAAUAUCCAGCCCCUGUGUUAUGUCUUUGGGAAAUGAAUGAAUCUCGAAUCGCAAGCAUUACGGAUCAUACGAUGGAGAGAGAGGCCGAACGUUUCAGACAUACUUUCGAAUGUUUGAUGAAAGGAAAAGUCGGCAAUGGGUUACAUACAAAAUGCGAAAUCGUCCACUUUAAUGACUCCGAACCAGAGGGUCUCCGAAAAAAGCUUGUGCCAAUACUUAGAAGAGACAAUGCAAGACGGUUACGGAAUAGCUGAUUGGUGCUGAAUGGAAUUUUAGCUGAGAAUUUCCAAACGACAGUUGCAAUUUUGAAAGAGGGAAUGUUUGCAUUUGUUAAGAUUAUUGUUUAGUACAUCUUCUAUAGAUUUGUUUGUAUAUCGCUUAUUAAGAACGUAUCGAGAAGUGCAUGGUAAUGAAACGUUGAUGAUGAUGAUGAUGAUGA